AUGAUGGACUGGACCGCAGCCCUCAUUGCGCCGAGCACCGUUCUUUUUGUUGUCUCUACGGUAUUCUUCACUGCCCGGAUACACAGAAGCAUGCUCCGCUCACCCCUGGCGAUCAUCGAUACCGCCAUCAUUAGUUUGGCCGCAAGCUUGGUCUUGGCAUCUUUCAUACUCCUGCUUGUCAUGGCAGGGAAAGGAAACCUGCGCGCAUACGAUGAUACAAACUUGGCCGCAGAACUGGCAAUGGAGCGCGUCCAGAAGCAACUCUUUUAUGCCUUUGCUAUCUUGGUCCGUGCCGGGCUAGCCUUGUCAAAGUUGUCGCUCGCCAUCAACUUUUUUGAAGCCUCACAACUCGUCAAUCGAUCUUGGUAUAAAUGGCUGACACUUGGUGUCGUUGUGGUCAUGGUGUUCAAUAUUUCAACGGCCUUCAUUAGCGCCUUUCGAUGUUUGCCCAUCUCUGACAAGUUCAGUACCGGGCUGGAAGAUCAGACUUGGGCAUCGAGUCAUUGCAUUGACAAGCGCGUCUUUUUCAUUGUGCAAGGCUUGGUAGCCUGUGCAACCACCGGCCUCGUCACCUGCGUCGGUGUCCCUCUCGUUUGGAGAGUUUCCAGCCGAUUCAAGAUUGUUGGCUUCACCAUGCUCUUCAUGGGCCUCGUGUGCAUCAGCGUUUCCAUCCUUCAACUUAGCUUCAUUUUUACGUGGGACCAUGAAGUGAUUGAUCCAGCACUUGCUCAUUGGCGUCAAAAUCGAUGGAUGUCACUCUCACAGUGUACCAUGUACCUAUUAUUCCUCUGCGCCUGCGUACCGCGUGCGCUCGCCAACCUCUUUCAACGACGUCAGUCGUUGCGCACCAUGGACGCUCCAACAGGGAUGACGGGCGAUGAGAAGGAUCAAUUCUCCUCAGUGGCAGUCUCAACCAUGCAAAGUCCCACAUCACCACCACCUGGUUCAACCUUUCCAGCUGGAUUCUCACCCAUGAGUAUGACCUUUCCAGGUGUUGUGUCCAGUGGAUUUGGUGGUGAUGCACUGGACUUGAGGGAUAUGGAAGAUACAUCAGACUGGCUUGCGCCCACCUCACCACUCGCUGCUAGUUUCGAGCAACGUCUCGGUGCCUUUCAGCAACGUCGUGGCGAAUGGGAAGACCUCUACCAAACAGACACACUGGUACAAAUACGGUCCUUUGAACAACAAUUCCCAACCGGUACAAUCUCUGAGCUGCCUUUCGCCUCAUCCGCGAUACCGGACCAAGAGAGAGAUAUUGAGGCGGAUCCCAUUGCAAAGACAGACUUACAAAAGGCUUACUUUGACGAGAUGGCGCAAUUCAGACAACAUUUCGAUGCGCAGGCGCAACGAUUUGGGAGCAGAGAUUUGACGAGCGAGCCAGGAGAACCGUCAACAGCGCCGCGGAUAGCGAAAAGUGCGUUGGAGGGACGGACGAUUGCUGAGGGUGAAAUUGUUAUGUAUUGA